UCAUCCCAUUUUCCCGAAUCAAAUCAAAUCGCGAAUCAAAUCCUAAUCCCGCUCUCCAUUCCCAUCCCAUUUUCCGAAUCCCAUCGGCAGCAGCAGCCAAGAUGCACAAGGCCUCGUCGCUGUCGGAGCUGGGCUUCAACGCCGGCACGGCCUCGUCGGGCUUCUUCCGCCCCGUGGCCGACGACACCCCGCCCACCCCGACCGCCGCGCACCGCCGCCUCACCAAGGUCUCCGUCAUCGGCGCCGGCAACGUGGGCAUGGCCAUCGCGCAGACCAUCCUCACCCAGAACCUGGCGGACGAGAUCGCGCUCGUCGACGCCCUCCCCGACAAGCUCCGCGGGGAGGCGCUCGACCUGCAGCACGCCGCCGCCUUCCUCCCGCGCGUCCGCAUCGUGUCCGACACCGACGCCGCCGUCACCAGGAACUCUGACCUCGUCGUCAUCACGGCCGGGGCCAGGCAGAUCCCCGGCGAGACCAGGCUCAACCUGCUGCAGCGGAACGUCGCGCUCUACCGCAAGAUCGUGCCGCCCGUCGCCGAGCACUCCCCCGAGGCGCUGCUGCUCGUCGUCUCCAACCCCGUCGACGUCCUCACCUACGUCGCCUGGAAGCUGUCCGGCUUCCCGGCCAGCCGCGUCAUUGGGUCCGGGACCAACCUCGAUUCCUCCAGGUUCAGGUUCCUCAUCGCCGAACACCUCGAUGUCAACGCGCAGGACGUCCAGGCUUACAUGGUGGGGGAACAUGGUGACAGCUCGGUGGCGAUCUGGUCGAGCAUCAGUGUAGGUGGUAUGCCGGCUUUCAAGUCCCUGCGUGACAGCCACCUUAACUUCGACGAGGAGGCGCUUGAAGGCAUCCGCCGCGCCGUGGUGGGCGGCGCCUACGAGGUGAUCGGCCUCAAGGGCUACACCUCCUGGGCCAUUGGCUACUCCGUUGCCAGCCUCGCUGCGUCCCUCCUCCGCGACCAGCGCCGUGUGCACCCGGUCUCCGUCCUUGCCUCUGGCUUCCACGGCAUCUCCGACGGUCAUGAUGUGUUCCUCAGCCUGCCCGCUCGCCUUGGCCGUGCCGGCAUCCUCGGCGUCGCCGAGAUGGACCUCACCGAGGCUGAGGCCGCACAGCUCCGGCGCUCUGCCAAGACGCUCUGGGAGAACUGCCAGCUCCUUGGCCUCUGACUCAUCAGAGGAACCCCAGUUGAUCUACCCGUGUAAUAUAUCUUCUAGCAUUUCAACACGAAUGGACUGAGUGUUUUUGGAGUUCCUUGUUUUGAACCGGGGUAGUAAUGUAACGCCUCUUAAUUUGGUGAAAUAAAAUGUGGUUUGUGUCGUCA